AAAUCAAAUUAAUCUUUAAAUUAAGAUGAAAUCACCAUGAUUUGGUCACAAAUAUGCAAAAUCAUGUGCUGCUGAUGUAAGAAUUUCAAUCCACUACAAGCGUAAAAUCACAUAUGCUAGAAAAGCUGUUAAAGAUAUUAAAUUCAACUUACAAACAAGGGUUACAUUAAACAUUGUGUCACCAUGAGUCAGAAAGUGAAACCUGGUAGCACUAAAGGAGAUGUUUCCUACCUACGGGCCACUGCACCACCUGCCGGGCCCCCACUCCCCAUGUCACCACCACCAAUGAGGGAAGGAAACAUCACUCCAGUGUCGCAAAUGUCCAGCAUGGAUGAAUGGGAUGACCGAGAUGAAUUCCGUAUGCGGGAACUUGAAGAAGCAAGAGCUCGGGCGACACAGAUGGAAAAGACCAUGCGUUGGUGGUCAGAUUGUACUGCCAAUUGGAGAGAAAAAUGGAGCAAGGUUCGUAAUGAAAGAAAUAAGGCCAGGGAAGAAAACAGACAAUUACGUGCAAAAUUAGAAGUGUUAGUGAAAGAUUGCACACUUUUAAAACGAGAAAGACAAGAAUUCUGUGCAGAAAAUAUAAAACUGAAGAAACAGCUUGGAAUAGACAUUGAUUCUAUGAUUUUGGAAAAUACAAAACCUGGAGAACUGUCUCCUGUGAGUGACAAAGCUGCACAUCCAACAGACAAUUCCAGUGAUGAGUCCAAACAAUCCCAUGCACCGUCUCCUAAAUCAAAAUCUGAAGUGAAUAAUUUGAAUAUUAAUAUUGAACAUCAAAAAGUACAAUCAAGACCAAAAAUGUUUGAUGAACUUUCAAAUGACUCUGAGGGAAGUCUAGCUGAGGAGAAAAAGGCUCUCUAUGAGCUGAAGCUGGACGAGGCACAAAAAACAUUGCUUGGUGAAAGAGAUGAAAAGACAAUGUUGAUGAAAUCCAUUGAAAAACUUCAAUUAGAUCUGAAUGCAAUGAAAUCAAAGUAUGAAGACUUAAAGCAUUCCAAACAGGACCUAUUAGUACAGCUGAAUAAAAUUAAAGAUGACCAUAAGGAAGAAAUCAGUAGAAUUACUAUGGAGAUGGACGAGGAAUCAAGCAACCGGUCAGCCAUGGAUAAACGCCUUGGGGAAUUAAGACGAGAGCUUGAGAGACUUCAGCGAGAAAAUGCUGAUGAAUGGGGAAAGCGAGAGAGAUUGGAAACAGAAAAGUAUGGCUUAGAACGAGAAAACAAAAAGAUUCGGAUCCAAAUUGAAGACUUGGAGGAGCAGUUACAGAGGAAAACACAGCAGACAUCUGUUGUCGUAGAUUCAGAUAUGAGGACACUCCAGAAUGACCUGUCAGAGAAAAACAAGGAGUUGAGUGAUCUUCGUCACAUCCAUAGCAAGUUGAAAAAGACGCUGCAAGAGAAAUUAACUGAAUUGGACCACACAAAGCGACGUGGGGAACAGUAUGAGGUUGAAGUGAAGAAACUUCGCGGGAGGAUAGAGGAACUAAAGAAAGAUCUUGCCAAUGCAGAAGAUGAGGUGGACACUCAGGCCAACAUGGUACGGAAGUUACAGAGAACCAAUGAUGAACUUCAGGAGGAGAUGGAGAAUCUACAGGUCCAACUGGACCACACCCAGAGCAGGCUGAAAAGGUCAAGUCAGUCUGUACUGUCACAGAGAGCAGCCAGUCUACGCUCCUUUGACCCAAAUGAUCAGGAAGAUACUUAUGACAGUGACCUUGACCCUGAUGAUGACCUUGGUGAUGAGCCUUAACAGUUUCAGCUAACCUUGUACCCAAAUACCUGAUGGAUCCUCACAGAUCACACCCGCAAUAUUUCUUUUUGUAAACAAUUUCCUGUGUAACUGACAGCUACGUUCCACAUGUGAUUGAGCAAUAUUUGCACAUAUACACACAUGUAUGAUAAGAUAACUCUUAAAUCUGUAAAGUCGCACAUUGCGCCUUAUUGUUGACAUUUGUUUCUGCAAUACAGCUCCUUUUGCCAAAAUUGUUUGAUUGGUACUGCUUAAUUAUGUUCCUUAGCAACUGCGCUUGUAUGUUGUUACUUUUUUUUAAUGGUAUUAUUUUAUGAAUACCCUUGAUUUUUUUACCAGGUAAAUAUGUAAAAAAUAAUUUGUUUGAUUUUCAUUAAAUUCGUAAUUUGUAAUUAAAUUGAUAUCUUUAUACAGUAGAAAUAAGUCCCCCAUAAAAUGUAAAACCUGAUUAAUUAGGCACCCUGUGAAUGUGUAAUACAAUAUACUGUAAAAUUGUAGAUUUGCAUGGAGCUAAAAUUUCCUGGUUUUGUGAAAACAUACAUAUUUGCCUGCAUUUGCUGGCAAAAUCCAAUAGUACUAUGAACAUUGUCAACUUCAGUAAGUUUAUCAUUUCAUUGAAAGUGAAAAUCUUAGAA